GGCUUCCCCUGCCUGGCCUGCCUGGGCUCCCCCUGUGCGGCCCCCCUCAGAGUCUGCACUUGAGCCCUCCCUCCUGCUUCUUCAAAAGCAGCCAUGGCUGCCUACAAAGUCAAGGUGGCCACGGGUACCGACCUCUUGUCGGGAACGAUGGACUCCAUCUCGCUGACCAUUGUGGGGACCCAAGGAGAGAGCCACAAGCAGCUGCUGAACCAUUUCGGGAGAGACUUUGCGACUGGGGCGGUGGACGAGUACACCGUCCGCUGCGAGCAGGACCUGGGGGAGCUCAUCAUUAUCCGCCUGCACAAGGAGCGCUACUCCUUCCUCCCCAAGAACUCCUGGUAUUGCAACUACGUGCAGAUCAGAGCCCCAGAUGGCCGCAUCUACCAUUUCCCCGCCUACCAGUGGAUGGACGGCUAUGAGACCCUGGCCCUCAGGGAGGCAACAGGAAAGACAAGAGCAGAGGACACGCUCCCGAUCCUUCUGGAGCAUCGACAGGAGGAGAUCAGAGCCAAGCAGGACUUCUACCACUGGAGGGUCUUCGUUCCAGGCCUGCCCAACUACGUGCAUAUCCCCAGUUACCGCCCUCCUGUCCGGAGAAACCCCAACAGGCCUGAGUGGAAUGGUUAUAUCCCCGGCUUCCCGAUUCUCAUCAACAUUAAGGCCACCAAGUUCCUGAACUCAAACCUCCGCUUCUCCUUCGUCAAGACGGCCUCCUUCUUCUUUCGCCUGGGGCCCAUGGCUCUGGGCUUCAAACUCCGUGGCCUGGUGGACUGCAAGCAAUCGUGGAAGAGGUUGAAGGACAUCAAGAAAAUCUUCCCCGCCAACAAAUCUUUCAUCUCCGAGUACGUGGCCGCGCACUGGACAGAGGACAGCUUCUUCGGGUAUCAGUACCUCAACGGCAUCAACCCAGGCCUGCUCCGCCGCUGCACGCAGAUCCCGGACAAGUUCCCCGUCACAGAUGACAUGGUGGCCCCGUUCCUGGGCGAGGGAACGUGCCUGCAAGCGGAGUUGGAGAAGGGGAACAUUUACCUGGCAGACUACCGCAUCUUGGAAGGCAUCCCCACCAUUGAGCUCAACGGAAGGAAGCAGCAUCACUGCGCGCCCCUCUGCCUGCUGCACUUCGGCUCGGAGGGGAACAUGAUGCCCAUCGCCAUCCAGCUCAGUCAGACCCCUGGACCCGACUGUCCCAUCUUCCUGCCCAGUGACUCUGAGUGGGACUGGUUGCUGGCCAAGACAUGGGUGCGCUACGCGGAGUUCUACUGCCACGAGGCCAUCUCCCACCUGCUGGAGACGCACCUCAUUGCAGAGGCCUUCUGCCUGGCCAUGAUAAGGCAGCUACCCAUGUGCCACCCCCUCUACAAGCUGCUGGUCCCCCACACCCGGUACACCAUCCAGAUCAACAGCAUCGGGCGGGCCCUCCUCCUCAAUGAGGGAGGGCUGUCUGCCAGGGGCAUGUCUCUGGGCCUGGAAGGCUUUGCUGAGGUCAUGGUGCGAGCUCUGUCAGAGACAACCUAUGACAGCCUCUACCUCCCCAAUGACUUCGUGGAGCGUGGGGUCCAGGACCUGCCGGGGUAUUACUACCGUGAUGACUCCCUGGCCGUGUGGGACGCACUGGAGAGGUACGUGACAGAGAUCAUCACCUACUAUUACCCGUGUGACGCGGCUGUGGCGGGUGACCCGGAAUUGCAGUCUUGGGUGCAGGAGAUAUUUAAGGAGUGCCUCCUAGGGCGUGAGAGCUCAGGCUUCCCUCAGUGCCUGCGCACGGUGCCGGAGCUGAUCAGAUACGUCACCAUAGUCAUCUACACCUGCUCGGCCAAGCACGCCGCUGUCAACACAGGGCAGCUGGAGUACACAGCCUGGAUGCCCAACUUCCCAUCGUCCAUGAGGAACCCACCGAUGCAGGCCAAGGGGCUAACCACUCUGGAGACCUUCAUGGACACGUUGCCGGAUGUGAAAACCACGUGCAUCACCCUGUUGGUGCUCUGGACACUCAGCCGGGAGCCCGACGACAAGCGGCCUCUGGGCCACUUCCCCGACAUCCACUUCGUGGAGGAGGCCCCGCGGAGGAGCAUGGAGACCCUGCGGCGCCGCCUGGCCCAGAUCUCGCACAAUAUCCGUCAGCGCAACAAGGGGCUCCCCAUCCCCUACUACUACCUGGACCCGGUGCUGAUAGAGAACAGCAUUUCCAUCUAGGACCACUCCCCUGCCUCGCCCCUCCUGCCUGCGCCUGUUUUCAGAAAAACAAAACGAAACAACCUUGGCACAGCGCUGAGUCUAUCCAUGCGCCGGGCCAUUUACCUGGGGCGAAUGGAGGGGUGCGGGCUGGGACGAUGGCGUUCACCACUGCCGGGUCCAGGUAGGCUCAGGGCCCCAGUGCCAGGCCCUGGUCUGCCCCGACGUCCUGUGAGAUCCAAGCCAGGAGGCCAGAAGGCAGGGAUACCCCUACCCCUGGCUCUGCCCUGAAGUUCUGGGAGAUGGCAAGGUGCUCCUGGGGAUGGCAGGAAAGAAGGCUGGGACCCUGCACCCUGCCACCCUGCGCCCUGUCUUUCAACCCCAAGUGAUUCUGGUUUAUCUUAAGUGCCCCUGCCUUGGGGCCCAGACCUUCCAGGACCCCAGCCCAACAGAAAAUCUACCCAUGGACCAGUAUCACCUGAGCCCUGCCCAUCUAGGCAGCCAGACCACCCAAGACCAGUCCAACUUGAAACAUAAACUACCCAUCUACCCAGGCAAAAGACCACCCUGAGCCCAGCCUACCAGGAACCUAGACCACUCAAGCCAUGCUCACUUUGAAACCCAGCCAGCCCUAAGCUACUACGAACCCAUAAUAUCCUAAUAGGAACCUGUAACACCCUACACCACAGCCCAUCACCUACCAAAACCUACAUCCCUCCAGGCUCGGCCCACACAGGAGCCCAGCCUGCUAAGUGCACCCUCCAAGUAACCCGUCCCCAGGAUCCCUUCCUCACCCCUACCCACUCUUCUGGAACCCGAGAAUCACCCUCUUUUGGCACCCACUGGGCCUUACUUAUGGUUUCAUCACUGACUCCCUGGAGCUGCACAAGGGCUUUGCAGGUGAACUUGACCUCAGGGAGUGAGUCCACUGGGUCUGUCUGGCCUUUUGCAGUAGGUGGUGGUAGGAGGGGCAAGGUUGGGGGCACCUGCAUGGUGGUGGAAAUAUUGGGCAUCCCGGCACUGAAUUCAAGGUGACCUCCCCUCCAAACUCCGUAAGCCCAGAGUUGCCAGUGCUCCCGUUAGCUCCUUUCCUCUGGUGACCCUGCUUAUCCCCCCAGAUUUGGUGCUGGCUCUCCUGGCCACUGUCGGCGGCAGCAUGUUGGGCUGAGCAGUCGACGAUGACUGUGGGGAGACAUUCAGUGAGCUCCCCAGGGCAGCAGGGACCCAUACAUGGGGGUGGGGUGGAGAGAACAGAGCUGAAACCCAAGGGGGUUAGAGUCUAAACCUGGGGGUCUAGAGGGCAGGACACGGGUGUGGCCACCUCACCCGAGCUCACACAGCUUAGAAAACCUUGCUGUAAGACUGCCCCGACCUGUUGGACACAAAGCUGGGGAUCCAAGAGGACAUGGUGACUAACAGCUGGGACCCUAAGGCGGAAGAGGCCACUGAGACCAGCUGCCCAAAGGGGACUCUGAAGCCAGAGAGAGAAAAUGGCCAAACAGGCAUUGCAUGAACCGCUGAGCUGACCUGCAGACCUGGAGGUCUUCGUUUCCCCCCAGGGGUUCAAACCUAGGGUCUAGAGCUGCAGGUGGUUCGCAGAUGUGCUUUGAUUGACUGCCAAGGUUUCCUAUUUGUUCCUUUUUUGAGUUGCAUUAGUGGCCAGCACUUACAUAUUAGACAAUGUCAGGUUUCUCUUGAAAAAUCUGAAGGUCUAGGGCGCCUGGGUGUCUCAGUGGGUUAAAGCCUCUGCCUUCGGCUCGGGUCAUGAUCCCAGGGUCCUGGGAUCAAGCCCCACAUCAGGCUCUCUGCUCAGCGGGGAGCCUGCUUCCCCAACUCUCUCUCUGCCUGCCUCUCUGCCUACUCA